UGACAAUAACAAGUGAGCGGUUAACACAAAAGUUGGUAGGAUUCCUAGUUUAUUAAUGUUGUUUGUUACCUAGCUUGGCAACGAGCAAUUUAUAAGACUUAUAACCUACAGUCCAGGCACAAUUUAGUCAAUAUUUGUUUAAAGCAAGUCAGCAUCAAUAUAUGCGGCAUUAACUUGAGAAAUCGUGCUGCCAUGGCAAGAAGUGAAGGUGAGGAGAAGGGCAAAAAGGACAGCAAGGAUAAAGGUGCCAAGAGUUCAAGCAAACCCAAAGAGAAGAGGACGAAGAGAGGGCGGAGUAGUCGUUCCUCUAGUAACAGCUCAGGCUCCAAAUCAAAGAGUCACUCUCGCUCAUCGUCCAGUACUGACUCGAGCAGUAGCUCAUCGUCCGGUAGCAGCAGCUCGGGAAGCUCACGCUCCAGCAGCUCCAGCAGCCACAGCUCACGCUCGCCCUCACGUGGACGCGAGAACCGCCGCAGGGAGCGGCCCGCACGCCGCAGUCCGCUGAAAGUAGAGAAGCCAGCAAAAGAGGAACCAGUUAGAAGACGAACUCCCUCACCACCGAGAUCUGCAAAGCUUCGUGUUGGCCGAUUAACGCGUAACCUAACCAAGGAACACGUACUGGAGAUCUUCGGCAGUUACGGCGCGGUGAAGAGGGUCGAUCUGCCGAUGGACAUCCACCACACGCACCUGAACCGCGGCGACGCCUACGUCGAGUUUGAGACGGCCGACGACGCCGAGUGCGCGCUCAAGCACAUGGACGGCGCGCAGAUCGACGGGCAGGAGGUCGCCGUGACGACCGUCUUCCCGCAUCCGCCGCGUACCCGGCCGCCGCCGCCGCCGCGAGGCUCGCCGAUCCGCCGCGCUCCGCCGCCGAACUGGCGACGCUCGCCUAUGCCGCCGCGCUACCGUCGCUCACUCCCCAGGUGGCGCUCACCGCCGCGUCGCCGCUCGCGCUCGCCGGUGAGGAGUCGGAGGCGGUACAGUCGUUCGAGUUCCAGUGAGUCGUCCCGGUAGGUGGCGUUGGCAGUCUGUGGAAUCGUAGAGAGUUGUCGUGAAAAAACGAUGCGGCGUUUGGGAGGGGGGAGUUCCACUGUUGAUACGUUGACUUGGUAGGUGGUGCUGGCGGUGUGUAGAAUUGUUGAUUCGAUGAGUUGCCACAGAUAGUGUGUCACCAGGGGCGCUACUGUUGAUUGUGCGCUACCAAACUGGUGGCGUCUGUGAGGCAUUCCAGGUUCGCUGAUAUAGUGGUUUCAAGUGGCUUUGCUUACUGAUCCUCAGAUACACACACAAUGGGGAGCGUGAACAGUGUGACAAGUAUCAUUUAUCGAAAUUCAAAUCACUGAUGAAGGCUUUUUUUAAGUAGAGCCGUGUGUACAUGUCACCGUUAUGAGGGAAACCCCUUCAUAUAAUAUCUCACUGUCGGUAUCUCUACACUGUUAAAACGCUGUAAAUUAAAGAUUCAUAUUUUGCAGUGUAUUUGUUUUGUUUUUUUGUAUUUCGUCUGUAAUAACGGUAGUGAGUGUAUCCAACGUAUGUCAGUGUUAUCAUCCAAAUUCAACUAAUGAUUGCAACUCUACACAAGUGUCUGUUCUUGAUUUUAUCCAUACAAAUUGGUGGUUAGUUUUAGAUUCAAGAUUGUGUCGCCGAUGUAAUUGUCUCCCACACGUGUUCUUAAUCCCAUGUCCCAUUUUACAUUACGUACAUGAAUUAUUAGGGUGUUUAUAUGUACACGUAAUAAUUUGCGGUCUCAAUUAUUUAUGUUCUUGUUACAUGUUUAGACAUUGAAACUUUUAAAUAUUUCAGAUACUCAAGUAAACCUGCACUGAUGUUUUUAUGAAUUUGUAUUGGAAAAAAUUUCAUAUCAUUUCAAAGAAUUAUGAUAAAUUCUAUAACAUCCAAUAGUGAUUAUAGCUGUAUACCACAUAAGCGUAGUUUUAUUGUAGUAAUGAAUCUUUAAAAGUAAAUUACACUAUUCAUAUCUAGCAAUAAAUAAUUUGACGUAGCAUUUUUAUUUGCUUUUUUACUAUAUUUUCAUUCUUGCAUGCAUGUGAAGUAUCAAUGUCAUUUAAGCACAAUUUUAUGAGUAAUUAUUAACUCAUCUGAUGUACCUUAUCUUUACUUUAUUUUUACGACUAUAUCUCUUUCUUGGUGCAGGCAGGUGAUAAUGACCUCUAGGUCACGGAAGAAUGUUCCCAGACUUGGGUACCUUGUUAUGACUUGCUUUAGCUUCUGAUUGAUGCUUUCAAUACGAUUUGUAGUGUUGGAAUCAUGAUAAUGACAAGAUUCCUUGA